AUAAUUCUGUAUUCAGUGCAGAGUUUGAAUAGAGCACAGUAGAUAAUGCAUGCGGGGGCCACAUUAAAUGAUGAGAACAGAAAGUGAUCUUGAAUAGCUACCCAUUCACAGAGCACCAUCCAUUCUGAGUACUGAAUGAAGCAGGGGUCCUGUGGAAAAAAACAGUAUGUGACUGUGUAAUUAAAGACGGUAUCAAAAUGCACAAGGGGGUGAAUUAAGGUUGCACAGGCAACCUUAAAUCUAGCAUUUCCGAAUUAUUGAUUUUGCUUGAUUUUGCAACCUUAACAUUCUUUUUUUAAGUGUCAUUUCAGACUAUAACAUGCUAUAAAACUCAGCAGUACAAGGCCUAGACAGAGUUAUCACAGUACAUAGAGAUCUUUCAUGUACCCGUGAGUUUCUCAUUGAAUCCCACCCAGCUUCCUCAGUCAUCUAAAACCAAGUCUAAAAUUUCUAUUCCACCGGAAAUGAAUGAGGAUGUGAUAACCUACUCAGCUCUGAAAUUUGAUGAGUCUAGAAGGCCAAGACCUGGUGACAAAGCAACACGUAAGGAAUCGGCAACGAACCAGGAACCGAACCAUCACACCCCAGCUAAGCAGCAAGGAAGCCAAAGACCUCAAGGUGCGGGAGACAAAGAUCCUCUGCCUUCUCGAUGGUUGCUCACUACAGUUAUCCUUGGGAUUCUCUGCCUGCUUUUGUUGAUAGCAACAGGAGUUUUGGUUUCCAAGGUCACUCAGUGUGACGGCCAACAGAAAAAUCUCACCCAGCAGCCGAUGGUUGGCCAAAGCCAACCCACAAACCACCAAGGGACUCUGCAAGAGCUGCCGAACAACAGAGGGGACGUAUGUCCGGUACGGUCUAUACAGUCUAGUGACAGCUUGUACCUCUUUGCUGCUGCAACCAGAACUUGGGAACAGUGUCAAUCCUACUGCUCAUCUCAAUCUGCCCAGCUGGUUAAGACUGAGAACAAGGAAGAGAAGAAUUUCAUACAACAAGAAUCAUAUCUUUAUUUUGAUAUACGUCAAGGCUUUAGAUAUUAUUUCCCUUUCUGGAUUGGAUUAUCGUAUGAUUCCCGCACCAGGAAGUGGGUCUGGGUGGACAGCACAGCUCUCUCCUCUGGCCUGCUUGAAAUCCCAGAAGCUGAUAGCCAGCAUUAUCAGGGCGGAGCUUGUGCCUAUAUCCAUGGUGGGAAUUUCAAAACUGGAGCCUGCGGGGAAACUCGAUCCUGCCUGUGCAAGAAGAUGAAGGAUUUGACAAGAACCUGAACUGCCUCACAUGGAACAGGGACUGCCGGUCUGGGGCAGUCUCCUAAAGCAAACAGAGAGAAAAUUACCAAGCAAGGCAGUGAGAUAUUUCCAUCUAUCUGCUCUUUUAUGUUGCACGUGUGAGAGAUGACUACAAUCUCCUUCCCCCACAGCCUAACUUCAUCUGCUGGCGUCUGUAGUGGUUGGAUAAAUCUGCACACCUCGCCUCACCUAAUGUUAUUUUCUUGGCUGUAUGGCGGUUUUUGAUGCAGUGUUGGGAACCACUAAGGUAAACUGUAACUCUCCAGAGCCUAUGGCGUGUAUAGACAUAUGUGUAUGUUACACGAUCAUAGACAUGAACGAUGGGAAAGACCUAUGAACUCCCCUAGUGCAGCUCCCUGCCUGUCAUCUAUCAUCCCCUAUUGUAUAUAUUGUAGUGUCUAAUCCUGUCUAAUUUCCAGAGUUUCAAGGGCCACCAUGUCCCUAGGCAGACUCCACAUCGUAUAUCUGAAA